GUCUUCUCUCUCUCCCUCUCCCUUCCUCUCUCUGCCUCUCUCUUUGGCUGAGAGUAACAGGAAGCGCUGCCGGCGCCUCCGAACCUACUGGCGGGGCGAGCCAUGGAGUUCUCGGAGGAGAAGUUGCGGAAGUGGCUGAGCAAGUAUAAAUUCCGAGAUCUUACAAUAGAAGAACUGAAGCACAUAAAUGAGUUGUGUCCCAACAUCAGGUUCACAAUGAGCACCUACACUUUUAAAGAUGGAUCCCAGAAAGAUCUUCUGAACUUUACUAAUAUUGUUCCAGUAAAAUAUCAGGGUAACACUUAUAAUAUUCCAAUUUGCAUAUGGAUUUUGGAUUCUUAUCCUUUUACUCCACCCAUUUGUUUUCUAAACCCUACUGCUAACAUGGGAAUUUCUGUAGGAAAACAUGUAGAUGUCCGCGGAAGGAUUUACUUGCCCUAUCUACAAGCCUGGAGCCAUCCACAGUCAGAAAUUAUAGGGUUGUUAAAGGAAAUGAGCAUAAAAUUUGAAGAGGAACUUCCCUUAUAUGCAUUAUCAUCUUCUGAUGAAGUCAGACAGAUGGACCAACUUUCUUAUAUAACAAAAAUUGUUGAAGGUGAAAACAAUGGAAAGUCAAAGGGAGAAGGAAAGAAAAAUGAUGGAGAUUUACGCAAAGUUACAAUAGUUGGGGCUGGAGAUCUGGGCCUUGCUUGUAUUUUGGCUAUUUCAGCAAAGGAUGUUGCUGACAAGGUGGUUGUUUUGGACUGCUCAGAAGCUACAAUGAAAGGAGGAACAAUGGACCUAGAAAUCUUUAACUUGCCAAAGGUGGAAAUUAGUCGAGAUUUUUCUAUGUCAGCGGACUCAAAAUUGGUGGUGCUUACAGUUAAUUCUUUAGGCAAUGCUCAAUCCUACCUGGAGGUUGUACAGAGCAAUGUGGAAUUGUUCAGAGGCCUUAUUCCAUCAAUAGCUCAUUAUAGUCAACACAGUGUACUGCUUGUUGCUUCUCAACCAGUAGAAAUAAUGACCUAUGUGUCGUGGAAGCUGAGUGGAUUUCCUAAAAGCAGAGUUAUUGGAAUUGGUUGCAAUUUGGAUUCAGCAAGAUUCCAAUAUGUUGUUACAAAUCUGUUGAAAGCCCAAAGCAAAAGUAAAGAAAAUUGGAUUAUUGGUGAACAAGGAGAAAACAAAGUGGCAGCAUGGAGUUCUAAUUCAGUGAUAAAUCAUCCUGGUGAUAAGUUAACAAAUGAUCAACAGAUAUUGACUAACAGAGCCAUGGAAAUUCUGAAAGGAAAAGGCCAAAGGUCUUGGUCUGUUGGUCUGUCAGUAGCUGAUCUGACUGACACUAUAUUGAAUGAUAAAAGGAAAAUACAUUCUGUAUCAACCACAGUCAAGGGGUCUUAUAAUAUAAACAGUGAAGUAUUUUUAAGUAUGCCUUGUGUACUUGGAAUCAGUGGUGUAAUUGAAAUGAUGAAGCCUGUGGAAGAAGAUAACGUAGUUGAAAAACUUCAAACCAGUGCUGCAUCUCUCAAUGACUUUCAACAGCAACUGAAGCUCUGACUACCAGGGAACCAUAGAUUUUUGUUUUUAAAAUAUUUGAGAUUUGCAGAAAAAGUAUUACCGACCAACUGGGUCCAACAUCAAUUUCUCACAGUGUGGAAACUUCAGUGAAUAUUAUUAUAUGGUAACUAAAGAUAGAUAAAAACAAUUAGGUUAAGGAAGGUAUUACUUCCUUGGCCAUGGCGUUACUUGUAAUCAUGAACUAGAGUACUGUACUUCUUUGCCUUUUCCUCAUCAUGUUGUGCCCUUCAAUAGUACUAUUCAAAUGUUCUCUAAAGCAAAUUUUUAUUUUAAUCAGAGGUGUUAGGCAGUCAGAGGUAAUAUAGAUUGUUAUUUCCCAUACACUAUUAAUUGUAUUCAGAUAAUAUACAAUUCUUAGAAAGAAGCAGCAGCAUAGUUUUGUCUAAAAUCAAUGUUCACUAUUCAACUGAUACGUAUGGUUUUUUUAAACAUUUACACUGCCAAAUCAGUCAUCUGAAGUUGACAUUAUAUUGCACAAAUAUUACUUUAGGGUCCAUAUGUCUAAAUAGAGUUUUCAAAGUGUUCACUAUUCAACUGAUAUUUUAUGUUUUUUUAAAACAUUUACACUACCAAAUCAAUCAUCUGAAGUUGACAUUAUAUUGCACAAAUAUUACUUUAGGCACAAUAUGUCUAAACAGAGUUUUCAAAGUGUUCUGUAUAGAUUCUAAGGUUUUAUGGGAAAGUCUUGGAUGAAGGCUGUUAAAAAUAUUAGCAUAUUACAUUGCUGCACUAUUGACUACCAAGAUGCAGAAGGAAAACAGGAUUCUCUCUGUUUUAGGCAUAGGAUGUACUUUGUUUAUUGUGCUUUAUCACAUCCUAAAAUUAAGGAGGUCCUACCAAAGUAUUGUUUCUCUUGAUUAAUGCUUCUGGAAAACAACAUAUACAUGCACUAUUAUGCAGUAGUUAAGUUUUAAUGUAUUUGGCUGCUCAGUUCUAAUAUUGCACUAAGCUUUUAGCAGUACAAAAAGAUUUGCUACGCUAAAUUUAAUAAAAUACUAUUGUGUGAUUAUGUAUGCCUAUAAUGAUUUUUACCAUUUUUGCUUAUUUUUCUAAAAAUUACAAUAUGGAAAAAACUUGUGAAUGAGAUAUUAAUAAAGCUAAUGGUAUCUGAUGUA